GUACAGUAUCAUGGACACCGAGCGCGUGCUGGCCUAUCAUUAAGUCAAACCUUCUCAGAAGCGACCUGUUCGUGGCGUGAGCCUUCUCCAGAGGCUUGCAGCUGAGGUAGGCACUAUUUGGUGGCGCUUUCCCCGGGCCCUCAGCUGCAAAGGGGCUGGCUGCGAACCUCAGCUUGAGAGGUAAAUAUUCACUUUGGUUGCCUGGCUUUUUCUGCUUGACCAUUUGUCUUAACCUGCAUUGCUUUCAACUGUCUUUCAUCACCUUCAAGCAGUGUUUGCGACAAACGACGUUGUCGACCAUAGCUGUAUAAAACGUAUCCUUGUGCCAUACGGGGCUAACCCAGGGUUCUUCGUCUUUACCGAUUUAAGUCCCGAAACUGCUGCCAUUCAGGGGUAAAUCACAACAACAAGGAUGUCGUCCCCAUUCUCGAGGCUGAAGGGUAUGCUAUGCAUCCCUGGAGAUCCAGAGUCCCGUACAGAGAGAGUAACUACCAAGUCUAAGAAACAAGCGGGUGUUGCCUUGAAGCACGACGAAAAUGAGCGGCGAGGCUCCAGUGACUCGAGCAGCUCAGUGUCAACAACCGAGACCAAGCGAUCGAACUGGGUCUUGAAUGUCCUCAAAGCUUUCAAGAUCAAGCACCUGGAGACCAUUAAAGAUGUUGCUCUUGUCGGUGUCGACGGCGAGCCCAUCGAUGACAAAACCUAUCUUAUGGAACGCAUUAUUCAGUUGGCUGCAGACCUUCCCGUCACCACCAGAACAAGCGCCACACUUACGAACGCCUUUCUCAAUGAACUAUGGACUGAUCUCCAGCACCCUCCUCAGUCUUACCUCGGCAACGACUUCAUUUUCCGUAAUGCUGACGGGUCUGGAAACAACAUAUUAUGGCCUCAUCUUGGGGCAGCCGGUCAGCCCUACGCUCGAACGGUCCGUCCACGGUCGUUGCGACCUGUUGCUCGUCCGGACCCUGGUGUCAUCUUCGAUAGCGUUCUGGCGCGCAAGAAAUUCGAGCCUCAUCCGAACAAGAUCUCCAGUGUGCUGUUUUACGUUGCCAGUAUCAUCAUCCACGACAUCUUCCACACCAGCCACGACGACUACAACAUCUCCCAGGUCGAUUCUUACCUGGAUCUGGCACCGCUCUACGGUAGUUCUGAUGCUCAGCAACACGCUGUUCGAACAAUGCGCGAUGGCAAGCUGAAGCCAGACUGUUUCUCUGAUAUCCGGAUUCUCGGUUUCCCUCCCGGUGUUGGCGUCCUCCUCAUCAUGUUCAACCGAUUUCAUAAUCAUGUUGCGGAAACCCUUGCUCUCAUCGACGAAGGUGGCCGCUUUUCAAGGGUCCUGAAUCCACGUGGUCCCCGAAAAGCGGACGCAGACCCAGAAAAGGAUUACGAUGAAGCUCUAUUCCAGACAGCAAGGCUCAUCACAACUGGGUUGUAUGUCAACAUCGUGUUGAAGGAUUACGUGAGGACUAUUCUAAACCUCAACCGUGUCGACAGUGCCUGGAAUCUUGAUCCUCGAUCCGAGGAGGGCAAGGCCAUAUUUGGGCACCGGAUACCUGAGGCGACUGGAAACUCGGUUUCUGCCGAGUUCAACCUCGUAUAUCGCUGGCACUCGUGCGUCUCACAGCGCGACGAGGAAUGGACCAAACAAAUCUACCACAAACUCUUCGGUGACCAAGACUCCACCAAUAUGGGUGUCUUCCUCUCGGCGCUUAAUGGGUGGGCACAAAGUUUGAGUAAAGAUCCCGCGGAGCGCCCUUUCGCUGAUCUCAAGCGCUUGCCAGAUGGUAGGUAUGCCGACGGCGAUUUAGCUGCAAUCUGGACUGCUGCAGUGUCGGACGUGGCAGGAAGAUAUGGUUCUGCCCACGUACCUGACGUCCUCAAGAAUGUCGAGAUUCUCGGAAUCAUACAGAGCCGGUCCUGGAACCUGGCAAGUUUGAAUGAAUUCCGUGAGUACUUCAAGUUGAAACCGUAUGAGAAGUUUGAAGAGAUCAACCCCGACCCUGUGAUUGCAGAGCAAUUACGACGCCUCUACGGACACCCAGACAACGUCGAAAUAUAUCCUGGUGUUGUCGUCGAGGCGGCCAAAGAACCCAAACAACCCGGAAGCGGACUGUGCACCAAUUUUACCACCUCACGCGCGAUCCUUUCGGAUGCGGUUGCUCUUGUCAGAGGGGACAGGUUCUAUACUGUCGAUUAUACACCUGCUAAUUUGACUAACUGGGGUUUCCACGCAGCUGACUCUGAUGCUCAAGUCAACUACGGUUGUGUCUUGUACAAGCUGGUCCUGAACGCCUUGCCCAACAGCUACCGGCAGGAUUCGGUCUACGCACACUAUCCACUGGUGAUUCCCGAAGAGAACAGAGUCAUCUUGAACGGCCUUAAGAAAGCACAUCUUUACAACUUUGACAAGCCCACCGAACGUGCACCAGACGUGAUCGUGACAUCUCUGGAUGCUUGCAAAACAGUGAUCAACGAUGUCGAUGGCUUCCGGUCCCUAUGGCGUCCAGAUUGCUUUAUGCCUGGCCGUCGUGUCGGUUGGAUCUCCAAGCAAUCGAGUAUGUUGGCUCUGAAGCUUUCAGGGAGCGAAGGACUGUCAACAGCCACAACGGUGUUCUACAAGGAAGCUGUCUCCAAUCUCGUCAAUAGCGAGCAUUACGAGCUUGCUGGGAAUUCACAAGUGGAUAUGGUGGACGACGUCUUCAACGUAGCCCACGCACAGUUUGUUUCGGACCUCUUCCACCUUCCAAUUGAUGGGAUUGGAUCCUUGCUGUCUGCUGUAUACACCUGUUCCAGCACCGCGCAAGGCCCAGCCCGUCAAUUUGCCCUUACAGCAGAGCGGCAGAAGGCGGUUCGGCAACUUGCAGAAUUCCUUCAAACCCAAAUCGAAAAGUUCAAAUCCGGUCAUUCACGACCCAACAACGAGCUUCAAAAGUAUAUGACGAGUGCAGUACAGGCAUGCGCCCGGAAGGGACUACCAUAUGAGCAAAUUGUUUGGGAUGAGAUCAUUCCGCUGGCGGCCACAGUCUAUGUCAAUCAAUCUCGAAUUUUCGCCGAGAGCCUUGACUAUCUUCUCGGUCAAGGACAAGGCCUGCUUCGAGAAAUCCAACAGGUUGCAGAUCUUGCGAAUGCUUCCUCUGAAGACAAGCUGAAAGAAUUUGUGCACCGAACGAGGACUGACAUCUCGCCCCCGACUUACACAAGAGAAGCCUUAUCAUCGAUCACCGUCGUCGAUGGAGGACGCCAAGUUGAAGUCUCUCCAGGCCAGCGUGUUGUUUGUAUUAUGGAACAAAAGGACGAUUUGCCGGUUGAUGCUGGAGGCGAAAUAGCGCUGUGUCGUCUUUUGAGCGAUUCUGCCUAUUCUGCAACUCUCCAGGUUCUUGGUCAACUCAAAGGAUUGAGCCGAGCAGUCGGGCCAACGGGCACGCUCCGACGUCUGACGCAGGGCCAUAUGAUCAAAUAUUUGAAUGACGAGGAGAGUACAACUUCUUCGCGUCCAGUUUCUAUGAAGGUCAGGUGGCAAGAACGGCUGAGGCAAGGCACCCACAAGGGGUGAUUUGACAAGGGGAGAAGUGGUCUGGUUACCAGGUACCUUCAACCUUGGGUCCGCUAAGGUGUGGAGCUAUUGCUAGCAACACUUCAAGACUUGGAGUGAACUGAAGUUGUAUAGGAUGCGCCGCGAAGCCCUAACUUGGGGUAGCCUUGUCGCGCACGUGAUAUCGAAAGGAUUCCUAAUGGCAGUUCAAGCCGCGACCAAGUAUGAGAUUACAGCCGCUUCAUGUGAUCACGUCUGAUUCCUUGUCAAGAGAGCCUGAAUUACAGCACUGUUGA